UGAACGACAACCGUCGGAAAUUUCCCAAACGCAAAUUCUGUUGCCCACCAUGACUACAGCACACAGGCCCACAUUCGAUCCAGCACAAGGGAAAGAGGCCCUGCGUGGCCCCGCAUACCACCAACGACUGCUUCCAGCACAUACGCACUUGAAGACUCGUCAACUCGGCCAGGGUGGUGAAGGUGAAGCUCAACAACGCGAUUUGCGCGCCGAAUUACUCCAAGCCGAAGCCGCUCAUUUUGCGAAGAAGAGGGGUAUCCCCGUAAAUGAACCAGCUAUCGAGAACACAGCACCCAAACUCCAAUUAGAAGGCGGUCUAUCUAGCGGUGAUUCGGUUGGGACAGAGGAUGAAGAUCCGGAAGCCAAACGGCGGCGAAUACUAGAGGAGACGCGGGACAUAGAUGCAGACUCAGAUGGGUCAGGGGAUGACAGUAGUGAAGAAGAAAGUGACGAUGAAGAAGAUGAGGCCGCCGAGUUGAUGCGAGAAUUGGAAAAGAUCAAGAAGGAGAGACAAGAACAGAAGGAGAAAGAAGAGCGCGAACGUGCUGCUGAAGAGGAAGAGAAACGGGAAUAUGAUAUUGCCAAGGGAAACCCGCUGCUUAACGCUCAGGACUUUAACUUGAAACGCCGCUGGGAUGACGAUGUGGUCUUCAAAAACCAAGCCAGGGGAACCGAGGAUAAGAGAGGAAAGGAGUUUGUUAACGAUCUGUUGCGAUCGGACUUCCACAAGAGGUUUAUGGGCAAGUACGUCAGAUAAGUUGCGCGAAGCCUGCUACGGUUCAUCCAAACUAAACAUUGGAUGCACCAUCGUAAUAUGGAGUCACUGAUACCAAUACAAAAAUGACUCGAUGACAUUUCGAUGGUUUGGUGAACUGUCAUGAUAUAAUUUUCUGGCGCCGAGUCGAUGCCUGCGCCGGAUACUGCGCUCACAUAACGGCUUGUAUAUCAGGCAGAGUUUUACUGAUCUAUCUGCGGUGGGAGGUUCCUCUGGAACAAGUGGAAUACAGUGGGCAACGUUGUCUCACUGAGACUGGAGCACAAUGACUGAAGUCCUUUAUUACCGGAGCCACGAUUUCAUGAGAAACGUCAUAUGGCUCUUUCAAUGUCACUGGGGUUACUCAUUGUUUUCAUGGCUUCCCAGAUCUCUUUGCCCUCUCCAAGCACCAGCCAUGGUCCAUAGCCAGACUACCAUAGCCAGACUCCCUUUACAGCUAAUGUACACUGGAAUUGCAAGCACUCUGACACAUC